AUGGAUCUCAAUGGGCAAACUGUUGUUCGUUGCGAGCUUCUAUCGGAUGCUGAAGAGCAGGCGCCCUACUACAUUGGCUUGUCCUACACAUGGGGCGAUCCUCACAUUCGACGCCCGAUACUGGUCGGUGAUAAGAUCUUCUGGGCUACUGAAAACCUCGCCAUCGCUUUGGAGCAUCUGCAGGAGGAUGACAAAACCAUCAUACUCUGGAUAGACGCUGUCUGUAUCGAUCAAACCAACUUGAACGAGAAAAGCAUACAGGUCCAGCGAAUGGGCGAUGUCUUCUCAUCUGCCGCUCUUGUAAUUGCCUGGAUUGGACCUGCGGCAGACGAGAGUGAUUUGGCUAUACAGGAAAUCGAAAGUUAUACAAUCGGCAUAGAAUCACACUCAGGUUGGGGAGACUAUCUCCGUGAAAAAUACACAGCUUUACCACACAAAUCAAUCAACGCUCUGUUCGGUCGCCCAUGGUUUAAGCGCGUGUGGGUUGGGCAAGAAGUUGCACUCAAUGAACAAGUUAUAUUCAUUUGUGGCCAACACGAGAUUGACCGAGAAGACCUUUUUGCCUGCCAAUUGGUUUUCUAUCGAUCUAAGGUUCUUUUCGAAGGCGUCCAAUGGUCUGGAAGUUAUGAACGAUUUAAAGUUACAAAGCCUCUUCCUUUGCGCGACUUUCUGUCUGAUGGUUACCACUUGGAGUUUGGCAGUGAGCUGGAGUCGUCUGAUCCAAGAGACUUCAUCUACAGUUGUUUCGGGCAGAUCAGCGACACACUAGAAUGCGAACUUCGAGCCGAUUACACCAAAUCAGUCGAGGAGGUAUAUACGGAAUUUGCCGAAGCUUUGAUACGAGCUGGGAUGACUAAAUGGCUAGGUUAUAUGUGGCGCCUCUCAAGAACAUAUGAAAAUCUCCCAUCGUGGGUUCCCGACUGGUCGAGCACAAGGUUGUGUCGCAAUCCUGGGCCUGAUAUAACGCUAGAGGGAAGCGCUGUGGAGGUUUGUGAUGUUGCAACAGGAAGCAAAGCACUAAAGAUGUCCGCUCGACGUAUUGCUCAGAUCAGCCAUAUAAAACGCAUCCCGCACUCCCGGCAAGGAUGGUUUGGUGUCGAUUCGCCCACGUCCGCACUGGAGGCGCAGGAAGAAGAAGACAAGAUCAUGUUGUCUUUAGAUAGGAUCCGACAAAUUCUAGAUGAACAAAAGCGAUGGAGCCCGGAGGAAAUCGAUAAGGCUGUCUUUAAUCUGUCGACCGGGUUUUCAACUGUUCGGGCGGGUUUUACAUGGAACACUCAGUCGGAGCCAGCAUACGAUUGGCUCGGGUCAUAUAAGGCAUUUCGAGGUCUUGUGAGCUCACCUGAUCCCAUGGUAAGCCCACAGACCUGGCGGGAGAACGCGAGCCGCGACUAUCUCAACAUGCUUCGGGACUCUAACAUCACGGAUCUCUUCGUAACUUCUACGGAUAUUGUUGGUACAAGCCGGGAUGAGGUGCAGCCUGGUGACUGGGUAUGCGUGCUUGGAAAUGUUCGUGGAGUACGAAUCCUCCGCGAGGUGGAUGGGGGCUUUUAUCGCAUCGUUAGUGAUGGCAACGUCUCUCCUCACGAGGACGUCGAGAACAGUGAUGCGCCGGUUGAAAUCAUCACUAUCGUUUGA